AGUUUGGGGCCAGCGGCCCUCCGUCCCGCGUCGCAUCCUGGCUGGUGACCGCCCGGAUAUCGGCGUCAGGGCGUCCUGGGUGGACGAGACAGAUCCGGAGUUGGUCGGUCUGGCAGGUGAAGAACGGGGCUGGGGUGAGCGCAGGGGUCAGCCAGGCGGGCCACGAGACCUCGGAGCCCGGGAGUGGCUCCGGCCGCCCGCCCGCCCGCAGGCGCGAUGAAGGCACUGAUCUUGGUGGGCGGCUAUGGGACCCGCCUGCGGCCUCUGACGCUCAGCAUCCCGAAGCCACUGGUGGACUUCUGCAAUAAGCCCAUCUUGCUGCACCAGGUGGAGGCACUGGCCGCGGCAGGUGUGGACCAUGUGAUUCUGGCCGUGAGCUAUAUGUCCCAGGUGCUGGAGAAGGAAAUGAAGGCGCAGGAGCAGAGGCUAGGAAUCAGAAUCUCCAUGUCCCAUGAAGAGGAGCCUUUGGGAACAGCUGGGCCCCUGGCUCUGGCCCGUGACCUGCUCUGUGAGACUGCAGACCCUUUCUUCGUCCUCAACAGUGACGUGAUCUGCGAUUUCCCUUUCCAAGCCAUGGUGCAGUUCCACCGGCACCAUGGCCAGGAGGGCUCCAUUUUGGUGACUAAAGUGGAGGAACCCUCUAAGUACGGUGUGGUGGUGUGUGAGGCUGACACAGGCCGCAUUCAUCGUUUCGUGGAGAAGCCGCAGGUGUUUGUGUCAAACAAGAUCAACGCAGGCAUGUACAUCCUGAGCCCUGCUGUGCUGCGGCGCAUUCAGCUGCAGCCUACGUCCAUUGAGAAGGAAGUCUUCCCUGUCAUGGCCAAGGAGGGGCAGCUGUACGCCAUGGAGCUGCAGGGCUUUUGGAUGGACAUUGGGCAGCCCAAGGAUUUCCUCACCGGCAUGUGCCUCUUCUUACAGUCACUGCGGCAGAAGCAGCCUGACCAGCUGUGCUCAGGCCCUGGCAUCGUGGGCAACGUGCUGGUGGAUCCAAGUGCCCGCAUUGGCCAGAACUGCAGCAUUGGCCCCAACGUGAGCCUGGGUCCUGGUGUGGUGGUGGAGGACGGUGUGUGCAUCCGACGGUGCACGGUGCUACGAGAUGCCCACAUCCGCUCCCACUCCUGGCUCGAGUCCUGCAUUGUGGGCUGGCGCUGCCGCGUGGGCCAGUGGGUUCGAAUGGAGAACGUGACAGUGCUGGGUGAGGAUGUCAUCGUUAACGACGAGCUCUACCUCAAUGGGGCCAGCGUACUGCCCCACAAAUCCAUUGGCGAGUCUGUGCCAGAACCUCGAAUCAUCAUGUGAGGGGCUGUUGUGGGGCUGGCUGAGCCCCCAUUACUGGCAAGGGGAGAAGCGGCUGGAUAUGUCAGAAGGCCCUGCACUCGCUGUCUGUCUGGGGAAGCUUGGACAAGGCUGAAGCUGCUGGACACCUGCCUUCUCCUGUGGACAUAAUCUGGCAGGAUCACACCCCGUAAAGCCCACUCUCUCAAGAAGGGUGGGGCCAGGGCUGUAUGGAAUAAUAAUUUAAUGCUCACUGUG